CUGAUCUGAGCAAGAGGAACACACAGGCUGUCACACACACUCCUCCACACACACACACAGAGGAGACAAGUCUGAAGAGACUAACUUUAAAACUACUCCUGACAGAUCCAGGUCAAACUGUGGACGGCCUUCUCCCUCCUGCGCAUUUGGAUUUAUUACACGAGCCACUUCGGAGAAACACUGAAGGUGUUUUUCUCCAGACAAUCAAAGAGCUGACCUCUUUGUGCCCUCCCAGACAACCCUCUGAACCCCUGUUCGUCUCCACCUCUUCUUCAUCUUGUCUGUGUGGCGCCCGGUGUUCCCCAGGCUACCUAGAGAGUGGGCAAAGCGCCAUGGUAACUUACAGCAAGUUUGACUCCGCAAUGAGCAGCAGCCUCUUGGACUCCAACAUGCGGCUGCCUUACCAUUUCAAGACGCUCACCUCUAAGGCGCAGUAUCAGAUGGUCCUCACCACGAUCCACAAGCUCCAGGAGAGCGGCUUCUACUGGGGCACCAUCACUGGGAAGGAGGCCAAUGCCAUGCUGGUGGCUGAGGCCACCGGCACCUUCCUCAUCCGGGACAGCUCUGACAACAGGCACCUGUUCACGCUCGUCGUCAAAACAGCAUCGGGCACCAAGAACCUGCGCAUCCAAUGCGACGCAGCUUCUUUUCACCUGCAAACAGACCCUAAGAACCUUCAGUCUGCUCCCCGCUUUGACUGUGUACUUAAGCUGGUUCAUCACUACAUGCCUCAGAGCAAGGGGAACACACACAGUGGGAAUAUGUCCUACAUUUACUCUGGAGGAGAGAAGAUCCCUCUGGAGCUCAUCAGACCUCUGUCCUGCAGCUUGUCCACCUUGCAGCACCUGUGCAGGAAAACGGUCAAUGGACAUUUGGACAUUUCGUCUAAAAGAGACCAACUUCCUCACCCUCUGAAGGAGUUCCUCCAGGAGUAUGAUGCUCCGAUCUAGAGGAGUUAGACUGAUGCUCUUGAAGGAGCAGAAGAGUGUCACAAAGAAAUAUGGGAUGGUUUCAGUGCAGCUACGUUUGACGACAUGUGAGGAGUAAAGAUUAAGCAGAGACAGGAGAGUCAGGCCCUGGACUGAGCUUGUGAGAAGGAACAGUUUUGUUCUAAAAAAUGUUUGGGCAUCUGUCUCUUAAUGUUCUCAUUUAGGAAGAAAUACUGGACUGAUGAGGACUAAUGCACAAAGAGGCCUCAGAAAAAUAUCUCUUGAAAUAAGAGAUGACACCGUUGGCCUCCUCUGCCCCUCUGCCAUCUGAUGACGUUCAACUUACUGAAAACUGAAGUGAGGAUCACAGUCAGCCGUCUCCAGUCUGAUGACACACAGGUUCCGUGUCCUGCUGCUGCUGCUGCUGCUGCUGCUAACUAUUGUGCUGUGAGGCUGUCGAGCUCAUGCACAUCAGCCUCAGAAAACCAUCCAUCCAUAAAAGCUGGACCGGCUUUUAUGAUCAGACUUUUUUCUUAAGAGGUUCUAUUUGACCAUAAAAUGUGGAAAGAAUAUAUAUUUUUGAUAUUCUGUUUAAAGGGAAGGUUUAUGCCAGAUUUGCCUAAAACCUGACAACAGUUUGUUGGAACACGACUGAAUUUAAACUGAGAGAGGAGUACCACUGCUGAGCUAUUAUAACUAAAAUCAGAAGUAUGUGUGAAAACCAGUGGCGAGGAAAUACACACCACAAACCUGUGGCACAGACAGGAUUGUCACUUACAUGCAAAUGAAUGUAGGAAACGUGGCAUCUAAAACGUAUCUUGUCCUUAAAACAAUGUUUACAUGAGUGGAGGUGAAGCUUUUAUCAUGCUGUCUUUUGUAAAGAUGAACCCUUGCUGGCCGAAACCACUGGCUGAGGGUGCUUGUAGAUAUUUGAGAAGUUUUGACGAAACGAGCAGACUGAUAAGAUUUUGCACUUAUUUAUGUUUGUAAGAAGCGUUUGUUAAUUUAUAAUAAA